AUGACGGUGCAGGACCUCAUCGAUAGAGCUCAGGAUGAGCUGAGAGUGGGCAUCCGCUGGCUGAUCUGCUCUACGGGCUCUCCCCUGAAGUGCUCGGAUGCCAUGGCUGCCGCCGGCAUUCAGGACGGCGACAUUUUGACGGCGAUUGCUCGCAAGGCAGCUUUGUACUCGAGCUCCCGUGCCUUCGCGUUGGUUCGAGUGAACGGAACUGUGCUCACAUGGGGCUUCCUCGGUGGAAAACGAUGUUCCGCUCCGGAAGACCUGAGAAACGUGGACAAAGUGGAGGGUGCAGCAGAGGCUUUCGCUGCUUUGCAGGCAGAUGGCUCCGUGCUGACGUGGGGCUCACCCCAAUGGGCCGAGGGGUCCUGCCUGCAGCCGGACGUUCAGAACGCCAAGGAGAUCUUGGCCACUGGCGGUGCAUUUGCAGCGAAGAUUGAAGAUGGCUCCACCGUGCUUUGGGGCGCCUACAUGCGAGAGGAGCUAGAAGCCUUGGGAUUUCGAAGCCGGCUCACGGAUCUUCAGGACCUCGAGGCCACCGCACAUUCGAUGGCAGCGCGCCUGGCUGAUGGGACGGUGUUCAGUUGGGGUCGCAACGAGUUGGGCCUGAUCUUGCAGAAGGAGCUUUCAGAGAAGGCGACGCAGAUGAAGGCUACGGAGCGAGCGUUCGCUGCCGUGCUGUCGUCUGGCUCUGUGGUGACGUGGGGCGAUGCAGACUAUAGUGGGGACAGCGAACAUGUCCAGGAGCAGCUCCAUGAUGUCCGGCAUCUGCAAUCCUCUGCUGCAGCCUUUGCUGCGCUGAGGAGCGAUGGGACGGUUGUAACAUGGGGUCAUUCUCGCUUUGGGGGAAACUCGGCUGAUGUCCAGUCGCAGUUGCGCGACGUGCAGCUCGUGCAGGCCACGGCGGAUGCCUUUGCUGUCAUCCUCGGUGAUGGAUCCGUCGUCACCUGGGGAGAUGCAUCCGCUGGAGGGAACAGCCAAGCCGUCCAGGAGGAGCUGAAGUCCGUCGAGCGGAUCGAGUCCACCUGUGCAGCCUUUGCCGCUCUCCUGGUCGGGGGCUCUGUCGUGACCUGGGGAGACACCUCCUGUGGUGGCGACUGCAAUACCGUGAAGGAGCAGCUUCAGGAUGUGCUCCUCAUCCGCAGCACCUCCUUCGCUUUCGCAGCCCUCCGCAGAGACGGAAGGGUGGUGACCUGGGGCUGUCCUGCAGCAGGUGGGGACAGCAGCUCGGUUUCGGAGGAGCUGAAGGAUGUCAAUCAGUUUCAUCCAGCGCACUUGGCUCACCGGCGUGCAAGAGGGCUUAAGCGGAGCCGUGAGCUGGGACAGAAAAAAAGCUGGGACCGCAGCAGAAGCAAACCGGCCGCCCUGGAGAAGAGCAAGGCUUCCGGGAUCACAGAGGAGCUGAAUAUGGCCGUCGCCGCUUUUGCAGCACGUCUGCGAGAGGCCUUCGAUGAGGCUGGCCUGGACGGCCAGAAGUGCGAGUUUGAUGAGGCAUCGGGACAGAUGAUCCUUCAUGGCGACGUCACGCGCGUGGUGCCUGUCGGCAUGCUCUUUGCGCACUUUGCCGCCUGCAAGGAUGAGGAGGCCAGAAACAAGCUGGUCACCGCGGUCUUGGAGGCUUUCGUCGAUGGCCGCGCAGAUGCUCCACACGAGCUUCGAAGCUGCGGGGAUCGGCUGCUACCACAGCUCUGGCCUCUCUCGAAGCCUCUCGCUCGCAGAGGGCUUGACAAGAGCGCGAGAGUUCUAUGUGGCUGCAACGGGGUUCUGUAA